AUGCUUUCGUUGACGACCAAUAUGCGUGUGCGUCUUCGAAAUGAUUCCUCAGCACGUGAGUUUUCAAAGCAAUUGCUGAAGAUUGGCGAUGGAAAAAUGGCAAGUGAUCAAAAUGGGUUUAUCACGUUACCGUAUAAUUUUUCAAUAAUUGUAUCAUCAAAAGAAGAACCCAUUGAUCGCGUUUUUCCAAAUAUUGCUCAAAAUUAUAAUAACCAUGAUUGGUUACGAGAACGUGCAAUUUUAACACCAAAAAAUGUCAAUGUCAAUGAAAUCAAUUUCCACAUCCAGGAAAAAUUGCCAGGUAAUUCGGAAACGUAUAAAUCCAUUGAUACUGCUAUGAAUGAUGAAGCCCCAGUCAAUUAUCCGGUUGAAUUUUUAAAUUAUUUGGAACCACCAGGCAUGCCACCGCAUAAUUUGAAUUUGAAACCAGAGCAACAACAACAACAACAACAACAACAACAACAAAUGCAGUAA